UAAAAAUGCAGUGUGCAACAAUAUAAUAAUUAAUUAUUAGCAUUAGUAAACUGCAAUCUUACUAACCAUGGAAACCGAAGUAGUAUCAUCGUUUUUUACAAGUUCUUCUGGAGAAUCCAGUUCCGAAGACAUCAGUGAAAAGUUUUUACAUUUAGUAGAUGAAUUAAAUUUAUCUCUUGAACAGUUUCAAAUGCCUGAAAAAGUAAAAGCGGUUUAUAAUCCCACUAUUUACGCUAGAGAACCACUUGAAAUGUAUGUGCGUAAAUAUUGCAACACACCGAAACCUAUUAUAUUCUUUGGUAUGAAUCCAGGACCUUUUGGAAUGUCUCAGACUGGAGUACCAUUUGGUGAAAUAGAGGCAGUUCGAGAUUGGCUUGGCAUUACUGGAUCAGUGGGAAAACCACCAGUUGAAGUAAAAGGUCGUGAAGUUUUGGGCUUUGAAUGCAAGAGAUCUGAAGUUAGUGGUCAAAGAUUUUGGGGCCUGUUUAAAACUUUGUGUGGGACACCGGAAAAUUUCUUCAAAUCCAGUUUUGUGUACAACUACUUGCCUCAGCAGUGGAUGACAAGCAGUGGAAUAAAUUUAACUCCAGGUGAAUUCAAUAAACCUGAGGUACAAGAAUUAUACAGAAUUUGUGACAAUGUAUUUCACAAAGUGCUAGAAUUGUAUGAAGUUGAGAUUAUUGUUGCCAUUGGAAAAUUCUGUGAAACUAGAGCUAAGGAAACUUUAAAGAGAUUCUCUCUUUCAAGACCUAUUAAGAUUCUGUACAUGCAACACCCAAGCCCCAGAGUACGAAAUAACAAUGACUGGAUAGAGAAAAACAUACUCUUUUUUAAAGAAAAUGAUCUGCUUCAGUAUUACAAGCAGCCUUCAGCAUAAAUAAAAUUACAAGACUUGU